CGGUCAUGUGACUUUUCAAAGAUGGCAGCGCCCAUAUAUUUCGAAAUGUGGUGCAGUCGAUUUUGAUUUCUACUUGAUUAUACAUAGCGACAAUGACUACGAGAGAAACAUUUGACGAUGUAUUUGACGACGAAGCGGCCGAUGAACCAAUCCAACGUCGAGAAUGGAGUAAAGUUGAAACAGAUCUGAAGAAGGGAGGUUAUCGUGAAGGCGUCAAGUCGGGGCAAGAAAGCACAUUGCAGUCUGGUUUCAACGCUGGCUAUAAUCAGGCUGUCAGCAUUUGUUUGAAAAUGGGACAUCUGAGAGGAAAACUCAGUGCUCAUUUGUCAUGGAGGAGCAGAGAUGCAACAUCACCUGAAAGUGAAAAAAAGCAUGGUGAAAUAGAAUUUCUGCUGAAAGAAAUUUCGCAAUUUGAAAAAGAAUUAGUUAAAACAGCCAAGCAAAAUACAUCCUUAGUGGAGGAAACGACACCAGCCAAACCAUUCUGUUCAUCAGACAGUUCUAACAUUACUGGACAGGAUGCUGGUGAUGAUAAACACAAAGGGUCUGACUCUCCAUGUGUCUGUGGUAAUGACAAACGCUGUCCACAAUCUGUAAAUACUAUGCCUGAAGCAAGUUGUGAAGAAAAGAAAUCAGAUCAAAGGGAAACAACUCUCCUGUGGUCAGGAUCAGGGGUCCUAUCCAGUGAAAAUCCAAUUCCAGUGUAUAAGAAUAGCUGUGAAGGUGUAAAUACCGAAGCUAAUGUUAAGUAUGAACAUUUCUUUAGAGAAGCAAAUACACUGAUUAAUGAGUAGCUGAUAUCUUGGAAUAAAAUCCUGGGAAAUGAAAGUAGCUCAUCAAACAGCAGUUUCCAGUGUUUUGGAUGGAAACAAGAGUCAUUAGCAGAUUUGUAUUUUCACUGUCUCGUAUAUACUUGAGUUGAUAAUGGCACCUUGAAUAAUGGUCCAGUUAUAGUGUUCACAUUGUUCAUCAAAGAACUUGGAGCUUGGAAGUCCAUGAUUGGCCACCAUAUGUAUGCAGACAAUGUUCAACUGCAUGAUGCCUUCAAACCAAGCCCUGUUGAGAUAGACCUUCACCGUCUGUCCGAGGGCUGCAGUGAGAUAAAAACGUGGAUGUUCAACAACAACUUGAAACUCAGUGACACUAAGACUGAAUGUCUUCUCUUUGAAACUGAUGUCAGCAGGGCUCAGUCUUGCAUCUCCACUUUUGAUGUUGGUGACGUAGAGUUACCAGUUUCUGACAGUCAUAGAGAAUUGGGUGUCACAAUUGACUCGGAUCUUUCUUUAACCAGUCAUGUCAACAAUGUUGUGAAAAUGUGUUUCCUCAAGCUACGAAACAUUGGAUCUAAGAAAAUAUCUAA